AUGCGGCCACCUGUGGGCUUUACAGCGAUCAAGGACGUUUCGGAAAACCAGGCCAAGGUGAAUCUGAUUGGAGUCAUCGUAGAAUUCAAGCCGCCCAGGCCAACUCGAGGAUCGGACUCUUGCCUGGAAUUUACCAUUCAAGAUGAGUUCGAUAGCUUCACUACUGGUUCCUCGAGCAUCCUCUGUCGCAUGUUCAGGCCGGCUGACAAGCUGCCUAAAAUUUCCAGUACGGGAGACGUCGUCGUCAUACGCAACUUCAAAUUGAAUAAAUGGGGUCUGCGCAUCGAUUGCGUUGCUGAUAGUGCUUCAUUCUGCCCCGUUUUCGUCUUCCGCAAGGAUCGCAUUCCAGUUCCACAACUGAGCCAGCCUUACGAAGCUGGCAAUAAGCGUCUCCCCUAUGAAGCCAUCUACAGCACGACUGAGCCUACAAGGGUAGAGCAAAUCGCGGUCAUUAAUAUGAACGCGGCUGCCUCUGGCUCGGUACAACCAGUCCAGCAGCGCAACAGUGCCUCCUCUUCGUUCAAUGCUUUGCCACCCCAGAAGCUACAGUUGAUUAAAGAUCUCAAUUUCAAUCUCUUUUACGAUGUUCGAGCGCAGGUCUUGAACAUAUAUUACACUAAUAUGGGCACUGUCGAUCUGAAGAUUACCGAUUAUACUGAGAACGAGCAGCUCUUCUACUACGCAGAUCCCAAGUCGGACGAUGCACACAUGGUCCAAAAUAGUAAUUGGACGGGGCCUUUUGGUCACUUCACCAUGAACGUCCUCCUAUUUGAGAGCAACGCUGCUUGGGCACGCGAGAAUGUGGCCGUGGGCGAUUACAUUUAUUUGAGGAACUUGCGGACCAAAAUGUCCCCUGCCAACAAGUUGGAAGGGAUAAUGCAUCAGGACAGACAGCGGCCAACGCAAGUGGAUAUUUACAAAUUGUCAAAUCCAGCCGAAAUUGCUGAGAUCGAGGCUCGGCGCAAGGCUUAUGAGGAGAAGCGAGGCACAAAGUCUGCAUUCGAGGCCCUCAAGGACACCCGAACUGAGCCAGCCGCGAAGGGAAAGAAGGCAGAGAAGCGGAAGAGGCAACAGGAAAUGAAAGAGGCGGAAUUGAGAGAGUUGGAAGAGAAACAGGCUAAGAUUGAAGCAGAGCGCAAUGGGGUCAACCACAAUGUUCGUGCUUCCUUCCCAGAGAUAAAGCCCUCCACAAUAUCUGAAAUCCUUUGUAAUCCUUCCCUUCAAGCAACUACCGCGAAUCACGAGGAAUUUCUCCUUCCAUUCGUCAACAGCCGGCAUCGAGCCCGCGUGAGGGUGGUCGAUGUCUAUCCCCCGGAACUUGAACUCUUCUCGCAUUCGACCAGGGAUCGCAAUUGGUAUCAAGGACGAGGUAAGAGCAAUCCAAGCAGUGGCCAGAGGAAGGAACGCUGGGAAUGGGGCUUUGUCCUCCUAGUCGAAGAUGCUGUCCUGCCGCCAAAUACAGUCUCGGAAAAGAUGCGUUUAGUAGUCGGGAAUAAGGAGGCACAAGGUCUCCUCAAUAUCAAACAAAAUGCGCAAGAUCUGAAGAAGAACCCAGGUUUGCUACAACAGCUGGAAGAGAGGCUCUUCAUCCUAUGGGGCAAUUUAAUGGAGCUCAAGACCGAAAUGAGACUCAAGGGCUCUGAUCUGCCCCUCCCCCCUGGUGACAAUAGGUUACAGAAUAAGCCGUUCGACUGCUGCAUCGAAGAAUAUGGCCAUGAAGUUCCCAUCAGCGACCUGAAUCCAUUGGGAUUUCAGCGCAUGUUCAGGCUUGUCCACACCGUCAUCAGUUCCUGA